AGCUUGGCAGCGUUCUUGUGUUGCAUGCCAACGAGAAAUAGUGCUUUGUGUUUCCCUUUUCUGAAAGCGCUGCUCUGCCUAUCAUCACGCAUCAAUAUUUUUUGUCUUUAUUUUGCGAAGUCAACUGCGCUUCGUUUCUGCGCACACACACAUACACACUGACACACACAUAUAUAUUGUAGUUGUAUGUGUAUCAUCGUGCUCGUGGAGCGAAACGAGGAUUCCCUCCCCCCCCCCCUCCCCUCCCUCUCUGCACGGGAGUACCGUCAUGCUGCUGAGCGAGGUGGAGGCUGAAAUCACGGCCGUGCUGAAGUCUCUCACCCUCACCCCUCGUAAUACCUAUGAAGUCGACAACCUUUAUCGGCUGAACUGUGAACGCAUCGCGUCUGCACGGGCCGCUCUAGCGGACAUGAGCGGCGACUACGCGGACAAGCUAAAGGCGCGGUGCAGCGAGGCGGAGAAGCAGGCGGGGCGCAGCACGCCGCGGGUGUCGCGAGCACUCCCGCCGUGGACGACGCCUUCUCGCUCGAUUUUGAGAUGAAGGAGGCGGAGGAGGCGAACGCAGCCGAGCUGGAGCAUGCGAAAGCGGCGGCGGGUGCUCACAAGCGUUCAUCUAAGAAAAGCAGUGCCAAGUCGAAGGUCAAGAAGGGCAAAGGUGGAGAGAAAGGUGACCUGUCGAAGGAAGAACGCACGCUGGUCAGCUCUCCCCCUCCGGCGUCCGCAAGCCAGUACGAUAGCGUUGACGGCAGUCCAGAGAAAGCUGCGGGGACGGCUCAACCGCAGUGGACGCUGCUGGAUCGCCAGGAGGACCUUCUCAGCUCCGAUCUCCCUGCGGUGUUAGCGACAAGCGGGCAAGGCAAGUGCGAGCCCGUCAGCAACUCCCCCUUGGCUCGACUGUUCUUCACAGAGAGUAUGGACUGGGACGGCACGGUGUGCUAUUGUGCUGUUGAGCUGUACCGCUGCGUGGCGAUCGCCCUGACCUACGGCGAGCCGUCGCUGAGCUGGGCCGAGUGUCAGAAGAUGGUGCAGGCGCAGCUGGCAGCCGGCGUGUCUACUGGGAAAGGAACUGUGCCGAAGGCGACGCCCGUGACGGCAGCACCAGACCCCAGACCUGCCUCAACAGUAGAGGCACACGGCGACGAUGCAGCAGGGGACGCAAACGACGGCAGUGAGGAGUCGGGAGACGACCUCACGCUGUCGGAGCAGCUCGUCGCUGAGUACGAGCAGGCCCAGCUGGCAGAGGCGGAGCAAGACCUCGACACGUCUGCGCUACCGCGUGAGGUGACGGAGAAGCUACAGCAGCGCCUGCAUACGUUCACCAAUGACGUUUGGGUGGUGCUGCUGUGCCACGGCGGCUAUUUUGCCGGCGGUGUCUUUGUGGGAGGCACGUGUGUCAUACACAAGGCUUUUCAGCGGUACGUGGUGCGCAAGAAGCAGGGCGGCAAGCAGUCGUCGAACGCGAAGGACGUGGGCAGCUACAACAGUGUCGGCUCCCAGAUACGCGCCGCGCAGGAGGUAAAGUGGCGAGUCGAUGUGCGAGAUAUUGUACUGGAGUGGAUCCCCUACUUUCACGCCGCCUCCUUCAUCCUUUACGCCGCUCCAGGGCCGCAGAACAGGGCCGUGCUGACGGACUUCUCGUUGCUACCGGCGACGGCUGCGUUGGGCGGGAGCAAAGGUGUCUCGCCUAUCCAACUGAAGGACCGGCGCGUGAGCAGAGUGCCGAUUACGACCCACCGUCCCAACUUUGAGGAGGUGCAGCGCGUUUACAGCGUGUGCUCGCGUUGCUCGCUGUUGUACGUGAAGGACAAGCCGAAGGAUUAA